AGUAGUGGAAUGCGCUCGAGCAGCUCAGUCCUGAUGUGCAGCGCUUGAAGAACCCAGAACGAGAGGAGAGAGCUUCCUUUGUUGAGCGCCGGAGGUAGAGAAAGGAUCUGCGCAGAGAAGCAGAAGAGGAAGAAGAAGAGGAGAAGAGGAGAAGAGGAGGAGGAGGAGGAGGAGGAGGAGAAGUGGUGAGCCUCGUUCAGCACCACCCGCCACCGGACAGAGACCGAGCCACCGGAGAUCUGCGCAGACGUUUGGAGUAAAACCGCAGCGCGCGUUAUUUCCCACGAAGCAAAAACGAAAAGGGAAAAAUCCACGCUGGCAUUUGGACUCCGCACACCUGCCUCCCUCUCUCUCUCUCUCUCUCUCUCUCUCUCUCUCUCUCUCCCUCUCUCUCUCUCUCUCUCUCUCCGAGUCGGAUCUGUGAGGCGGGUUCACCUCGGACUGUGGACAGAGACGCAGGAGGGAAACGAACCAGAACGAACCAGAAGGAACCAGAACGUGGAUGGAAGCAGAAGUUUGGACUCAGUCGUCUGAGGAGCAUUAACAGGAGGCCACCGGCUCGUCUCUCCACGUCCCGGCUGCUCGGAGGACGAGCUAAAUGCACCCGAGUGGUUCUGGAGACAGAGGGGAACCUUUGUUCUCGUCUUGUGAACUCGUUCUCUGUGGACUCAAACCCGGCGCUGUUUAGUUAGUGAGUGCAGGAAACAGACCGAGGCACAAAGAGCGGGAAGAAGAAAGGCGACGAGAUAAAGAGAGCGAGGCUGCAUAAUUAGUACGACUGAGUUUGUGUCAAAGCCAGAAACCAUGAGAGGAGACUUCUGAAGACGACUUCACCUUCAGGACAUUUGCAUGUGUGUGCGGUUCCAUGCUCGCAUUCCUCUCUUACUAUCAAAGGACUUGAAUUUGUGUUUGGAUGCGGAUUUAGCCUUUUCAUUAUGACUCUGCGAGGAGGCUCUGAGAGCGUGUGGAUUGGCUGCUGUCGAGGCGUCUGCUGCCGGCUGCCGCUGCUGCUGCUGCUGGCUUGUUGCUGCUCCAUCGCCUUGGCAGCCAAACCCAAAAUGCCAGGCCACACGCACCUCAACUCAAUACGCAUCGACGGGGACAUAUCUCUGGGCGGACUGUUCCCUGUGCACGCGAGAGGGAACGACGGCAAAGCCUGCGGCGAGCUGAAGAAGGAGAAAGGGAUCCACAGGCUGGAGGCCAUGUUGUUCGCCCUGGAUCGGAUCAAUAACGACAAUGAGCUGCUGCCUAAUAUCACCCUGGGGGCCCGCAUCCUGGACACCUGCUCCCGGGACACCCACGCUCUGGAGCAGUCGCUGACAUUCGUCCAGGCGCUGAUUGAGAAGGACUCGACCGACGUCAAGUGCCUCAGCGGAGGGCCGCCCAUCAUCACGAAGCCCGAGAGAGUGGUGGGAGUGAUCGGAGCGUCUGCCAGCUCCGUGUCAAUCAUGGUCGCCAACAUCCUGCGUCUCUUCAAGGUCAGUUUGCUCGGCAGCACAGUGGCACUUCCUCGUUCACUUUCCCUUCAGUAUCUGUCCAAAUGA